UAUUGCGAAUUUGGCGUAUUAAAGGAUCAGCCAAUAAGAGAUCGCAUCGUCGUCGGACUGAGAAAUAAAAAGUUGUCUGAGAAAUUACAAUUAGAUCCAGAUCUUACUUUAGCGAAAGCCAUAGCUCAAGCCAGACAAAGCGAGGAAAUCAAGAAACAACAAAACAUUAUUCAUGGACAAAAAUCGACCGGAAGUAGCGAGCAUAAUAUUGACAACAUUUCUAAGAAUAGAAAACAACCCUCGACGACAGAAAAUACGGCAAAAUGGACGGCAAACCCAAAUGUACGCGGUGUCUCGGACCAGCCCACUCCAGGCAAUUCUGCCCAGCAAGUGAGUCCAUCUGUAAUAACUGUUCAAAGAAAGGACAUUGGGCAAAAGCAUGUCGAAGCCAAGCAAGCCAACAACUUCGCAAGAAACAAAUUAACGAACUAACUUCCCGCCAAGAAACCGAGGAGGAAAGUUCGUCUGAGGAAGAUGUCUACUUUUUGGGCGAAGUCGUACACCUCGAUACUAUCAAUAAAUCUGGCAAUAAACCGUGGACUGCAGACAUAAAGGUAAACGAAACAAAUAUUUUAUUCAAAAUCGACAGCCGCGCUGACGUCACAGUGAUACCUUUAACAGUAUAUCAACAACGAAAACUACAGUCAACACUCAAGUCGACUGGCAAAGUUCUUAUGGGCCCGUGCAAUUACAAAAUGAACUGUAUAGGAACAUUCACUUCACAGCUGCGACACGAGGACAAGACAACUACAGAAGAAAUAUUCGUCGUUAAAGGACUCGAAAGAUCAUUAUUAGGAAGACAAGCAGCCCACAGUCUGAAUUUACUCAACUGUGUCGACGCUCUAAACAGCAACGAAAUGAAAGAAAGUGCCAAAGAAAAGUAUCCCAAUCUUUUCACUGGUCUUGGACAAAUUAAAGACCAAGAGUAUGAUAUUAAAGUUGCGCACGAAGCAACACCUUUUGCAAUCACGGUUCCACGACAAGUUCCGAUACCACUAAGAAUUACAAAGAAUGGAACGCAACGGAGUAAUAUCUCGAGUUGAAGAUCCAACCGAAUGGUGCGCCCCGAUGGUUUAACGCCAAAAAGCAAUGGAAAAGUUCGAGUAUGCGUAGAUCUCACAAAGCUUAAUCAGUUCGUGCAGCGUGAAAACCAUCCCCUACCAACAACCGACACGACAUUUGCAAACCUUGCUGGAGCUCGGUAUUUUACAAAGUUAGACGCCAACUCUGGAUUUUGGCAAAUCAAGCUCUCGGAAAGAUCAAAACCUCUAACAACGUUCAUAACACCCUGGGGACGGUACUGUUUCAACGUUCUUCCUUUCGGAAUAAGUUCAGGGUCUGAAAAGUUUCAGAAAUGUAUGUGCCAAAUUCUCGAAGGUUUGGAUGGCGUCGAAUGCAACAUCGAUGAUGUUCUAGUUCACGGUGCAACACAAGAAGAACACGACCGAAGAUUGGAAGCGGUUCUCCAACGACUCGGUAACGCCAACGUCACGCUAAAUGCCGAAAAGUGUGUUUUCAACGUCUCGAUUGUGAAAUUCCUAGGUCAGAUCGUGGGAGCCGAUGGCAUCAAACUCGAUCGAGAGAAAAUACAAGCGAUUCUCGAAUGCCACACCCAACCAACCUACAUGAAGUCCGUUCCUUUCUUGGAAUGGUAA